GGAGUGGACGACGACCACAGCCCAGAAAUCCUGCUGCCAUCCCGUUCACGAACACGACCGCCUCACAAAAAUUGGGAGGCCGGGGAGCGGGAGCGCGCACCUGACCCAAACUACCCCCCAACCACGAUCGACCGACCAACCAACCAAGGCGACGUCGUGCUCGUGCAACGGCGAGCACCGCCAGCACCGCACCGACAAGCCCGGUCGCGCAACGGAAACAGCCGGCGUGGAACGAGUGUGGGGGGGGGGGCGAAGAACGAAAACUGAAGCGAAGCCAGCCACGGGCACGCACAACUCGACAAGUCGUAACAGGGGCGGGUCGGGCACGGGAAAUGGGCCACACAAUGAUCGCGUCGCGCAGGAGGGGAGGGAGAGCGGCCAUCGACAGCCAUUCGUCGGGCGUGCUAUCCGAAAUCUGAUCCCUCCACGAACCCCGACCUCACGAUCUCCGUUCGCGGCCCCGCGCACCCCCCCAAUCCGCCCCCAACUCACUUCGUAUAUACGCGCCCGCUUGUUGGCUAGCAUCGUCAUCUUGUCUUGAUCCUCUCUUGCUGCCUGGUCCGUGGCCAUGGCGUCGUCGUCCAUGCUCUCCGCCACCACCGUGCCACUCCAGGGGGCCGCCGGCCUGUCCGAGUUCUCCGGGCUCAGGAGCUCCGCGUCGCUGCCGAUGCGCCGGAAUGCCACCUCCGACGACUUCAUGUCCGCCGUCUCCUUCAGGACCCACGCGGUCGGCACGAGCGGCGGCUCGAGGCGGGCGCCGACGGAGGCGAAGCUGAAGGUGGCGAUCAACGGGUUCGGCCGGAUCGGGCGCAACUUCCUGCGGUGCUGGCACGGCCGCGGCGACGCCUCACCACUGGAAGUCAUCGCCAUCAACGACACGGGAGGCGUCAAGCAGGCGUCGCACCUGCUCAAGUACGACUCCACGCUGGGCAUCUUCGACGCCGACGUCAAGCCCGUCGGCGACAACGCCAUCUCCGUCGACGGCAAGGUCAUCAAGGUCGUGUCGGACCGCAACCCCAGCAACCUGCCGUGGGGCGAGAUGGGCAUCGACCUCGUCAUCGAGGGCACGGGCGUCUUCGUCGACCGCGAGGGCGCCGGGAAGCACAUCCAGGCCGGGGCCAAGAAGGUGCUCAUCACGGCGCCCGGCAAGGGCGACAUCCCCACCUACGUCGUCGGCGUCAAUGCCGACCAGUACGACCCCGACGAGCCCAUCAUCAGCAACGCCUCCUGCACCACCAACUGCCUCGCGCCGUUCGUCAAGGUGCUCGACCAAAAGUUCGGCAUCAUCAAGGGCACCAUGACCACCACCCACUCGUACACCGGCGACCAGAGGCUGCUGGACGCGAGCCACCGCGACCUGCGCCGCGCGCGCGCCGCCGCGCUCAACAUCGUGCCCACGUCCACGGGCGCCGCCAAGGCCGUCUCGCUGGUGCUCCCAAACCUCAAGGGCAAGCUCAACGGGAUCGCGCUCCGGGUGCCCACCCCGAACGUCUCCGUCGUCGACCUCGUCGUGCAGGUGUCCAAGAAGACCCUCGCCGAGGAGGUGAACCAGGCGUUCCGCGACGCCGCCGCCAACGAGCUCAGCGGCAUCCUCGAGGUCUGCGACGUGCCGCUCGUGUCCGUCGACUUCAGGUGCUCCGACGUCUCCUCCACCAUCGACGCCUCCCUCACCAUGGUCAUGGGAGACGACAUGGUCAAGGUCAUCUCCUGGUACGACAACGAGUGGGGGUACUCGCAGAGGGUUGUCGACCUCGCUGACAUUUGCGCCAUCAAGUGGAAGUGAGGCGUUGCAUUGUAAUAUUUUGUAACUCACCCUCGAGAGGGCUCUGGGAUUCGCCCCGAAAUGACCGAAUUUCGGUGAAAUUCACCCAUUUCGGUGAGGUCCGAAACAACAUUAUACCGUCCAAAAAUCUCGAUUAAGUUCGAAUUUUUAGUCAACUUUAGAGUUGAAACAAACCUACAAGUUCUUCAUUCAAUAUAGGAAUGUAUACCUAUCAAGCCAUAAUUCAUUUGUUUC